CUGCUUCCAAUUAAGUGGACAGGCACUCUCUCUUAAGAAAGCUUUUUUUUGUUGUAGCACUCACACACACGGAUGCUUCCCUCCUCAAAGUUCAUAAUUUCUUUGGUUGGUGUGUUUAGGGAAAAAAGAAGGGAAGCGUUGGGUCUGUUUUUCUUUUUUUCCUCCUCUCUUCCUUCCCCUCCUCGUCCUGCGCCAGUUGCGAGAGAGUGUGAGAGAGAGAGAGAGAGAGAGUGUGAUUGAAAGAAGCGUAAGAGUAAGCGUGGAAUUCCCUGGUCUUCCCCUCACAUCUCUUCCUGCCGUGCGUGGCAGCUCUUCUCGUGGAUCUCUGUGGUGUCUCUUCUCCGUGGGAUGCAUCGUCAGUAAACGGACGGCACCAUGCUCCAGCUCAGACCCAGACUCAGUCUCCUACCGCUGCUCUACCUCUGCUUCGUCUUCUUCCCCCUUCCAGCCAGCAACCAGACCGCCAGCCACCGAGGAGGAACGGCAGCAGGGGCAGGAAGGAGAGGAGCUGAGCGCAUCAAGGUGCUCUUCACCCCGACCAUCUGCAAGGUGCGCUGCACCCAGGGACGCUGCACCAACUUCUGCGAGCAGGGCAAUGUGACCACCCUCUACAACAGUGAACAGGGGGGCCGGGCUGCGCUGGGACCGGGCUUCAGAGUCUUCCUGUGCCCCAUGUUGUGUCAAAAUGGAGGGGUCUGCAUCCAGAAGGACCGCUGCCUCUGCCCGCCAACCUUCACCGGCAAGUUCUGCCACAUCCCCGUGGCCACGCCCUCCACCAAUGACAUUGAGAAGCCUCCGCGCAUCCCCUCGGUGCUGGCCAGUCAGCAGCUGCUGACCCAGUCGGAGUACAUUCUCCCCCUGCAGAGCCAGCAGCAGAGCCACAGUCAGCCCAGCGGUGCGUCUGGCUUAUCCAUGGUCAAGGUGCGGGUGCAGCACCCCCCAGAGGCAAGCGUGAAGAUCCACCAGGUGCUGAAGGUGGGGUAUGGGCCAGGCACAGUUAGGGAGCAGUCGGAGAUGGUCACCUGGUCAGCAGGCCUCUCGGGGGCCAGGACCAGUGUUCUGCCAGGGGAGAGGGCCGAAGCCCCACCACCCAAACCCAGAGUCCAGGCCCAGACCCUCCACGGUGACUCCACCUACACAGAAUCCUCCGGGUUCAAGUACUGCUUCAGGGAGGUCCGCAACGGCCAGUGCAGCUCACCUCUCCCAGGACUCAGGAGUCAGGACACCUGCUGCCGAGGGAUUGGACUGGCCUGGGGCAUCAACGAGUGUGUCCUAUGUCCCCCUAACACAGGAAACGGAGUCGAUGGGAGCUGUCCGGCUGGAUUUGAGAGGAUCAACGGCACCCAGUGUGUUGAUGUUAAUGAGUGUUUGCAGCCAGGCUUCUGUGAGAACGGCAACUGUGUGAACACUCGGGGGAGCUAUAGUUGUGUCUGCAGGCAAGGAUACAUACUGGACGCCUCUCACGGGAUCUGUAUCUCCCGUAAGGUGAUCUCGGAGGAUAAGGGCCAGUGCUAUCGUAUCCUAAACUCUGGCUCUGGCCGUGGUAGCUGCUCCGUGCCCAUCCUCAGGAACAUCACCAAGCAGAUCUGCUGCUGCAGCCGUGUGGGCAAGGCCUGGGGCAAGAACUGUGAGAGGUGUCCCUACUUUGGAUCAGUUGCUUUCAAGGAGAUCUGCCCAGCAGGGCCUGGCUACCACUACUCUGCCUCUGCCAUCAAGUUCAACCAGAGGGUGGUGGAGCAGCACGGGACUGGAGGUCCUCCUGUCAUAUCCCAGAGCACUCCACAGACCAGGCCACAACAACCAGCCCAAACUAGUCCCCAACAAUCUUUAAGCUCAGGCUCUCUCCCUCCCCAAACCAGGCCUCAACAACCAGGUAGCACUACUCUGCUCACCACUCUGACGAGACCUCAGCAACCAUCAAGCUCAGGCCCUUACAAUCCGCAAAUUGGAUCCCAACAGCCUUCAAGCAGUGGUGCACUGACUCCCCAAACUAGACCCCAACAGCCAGAUGGUAGAGCUCUCACACCUCAGACCAGACCCCAGCAGCCAUCGAGUGGAGGCUCCCUGUCCCCCCAGGGCAGACCACACAUCCCAGCCAUCUCUGUUACAGCAGGACCCACCCGGGUGGUGACAGCUCGACCCCCCACGAAGACCCAACGGCCUCCAGUUGACCGACGGCCAGUAUCUCCAGUGAGACCCGCCCAGCCCCUCCCAUCUCCGGUCACGCCCCGCCCACCCAUCCCCAGGCCAGUGCGGGGUGUGUGUGAGACCAUGCCCCAGGUGUGUGGACAGGGCCGCUGUGUGGACCAGCCCGGAGGGAGACAUACCUGCAUCUGUAACGAGGGAUACCAACACAAUGCUCAGCAGACUCAUUGUCAAGACAUAGACGAGUGCAGGACGUCUCCCCCGCCCUGCGGCAGCGGCCGCUGCCAGAACACAGAAGGGGGCUACAGGUGCAGCUGCCCCUCUGGAUACCAGCCGGGACCACGGGGCACCAGCUGUAUAGAUGUCAAUGAGUGCAUCCAGGCUCCCAGUCCCUGUUCUGUUGGGGAGUGUGAGAAUACACCAGGCCGCUACAGAUGUGUGUGUCCUGCUGGCUUCAGAGCCAACUUCCAACAGACGCAGUGUCAAGAUAUUGACGAGUGUCGUCAGGUUCCGAACCCCUGUAACAACGGCCGCUGUGAGAAUAGCCCUGGUAGCUUCAAGUGUGUCUGCCGCACUGGGUACAAGCUAGAGGGCAACACGUGUAAAGAUGUGGAUGAGUGUGAGGACCCCUUGAAGUGUCCUGGUCAGGCCUGUGUCAACUCUCCAGGAUCAUACAAGUGUGUGUCUUGCCCACCAGGGUUUGGGCUGCUCAACGAACAAUGCCGAGAUGUUGACGAGUGCCGUCAGACCCCCAGCCUUUGCACCAAUGGUCGUUGUGAGAACACUCCCGGGAGCUACAGGUGUGUUUGCCACACGGGAUACAAACUACAAGGCAAGACCUGCGCAGAUGUGGAUGAGUGUGAGGACCCUUUGAGGUGUCCUGGUCAGGCCUGUGUCAACUCUCAGGGUUCUUACAACUGUGUGUCUUGCAAGCCAGGCUUCAGCAUGAUCGAUGGACAAUGCUCAGAUAUAGAUGAGUGUCGUCAAUUCCCCGGCCCAUGCACCAACGGUCACUGCGAGAACACCCAGGGUAGCUACAGCUGUGCGUGUCUCACUGGCUACAGACUACACAGUGAUACCUGUACAGACGCGGAUGAAUGCGCAGACCCGUCCCAGUGCCCUGGCCAGGAGUGUGUCAACUCCCAGGGCUCAUACAAGUGUGUGUCCUGCAAGCCAGGCUUUGGGCUGGUCAACAGACGCUGCACAGAUGUUGACGAGUGCCUCCACAGCCCCACUCGCUGUGCUAACGGUCGUUGUGAGAAUACGGCUGGAAGCUACAAGUGUGCGUGUCCAUCUGGCUUCAGGCUACAGGGCAACACCUGCGGAGAUGUCAAUGAGUGUGAGAACGCUCUGCAGUGUCCUGGUCAGGAGUGUAUCAACUCUGAGGGCUCCUUCAAAUGUGUGGCCUGUAGCCCAGGCUUUGAUGCUGGAAAUGGACAGUGUACAGAUAUUGAUGAGUGUCGCCAGACCUCCAACCUAUGUACCAACGGCCUCUGUGAAAACACUCUCGGUAGCUACCGGUGCGCUUGUCGCCCCGGGUUCAAACUACGGGACAGCAUCUGUAUUGACGUUGAUGAAUGCGAAGACCCCUCACAGUGUCCUGGGCAACGGUGUGUGAAUUCUGAAGGCUCCUACAAGUGUAUCGCCUGCAAAGCUGGCCACAGUAUGCAAGAUGGGUUAUGCGCAGAUGUGGAUGAAUGCCAGAGCCCUGACACCUGUGGUGCAGCGAGGCUAUGUGUGAACACGGACGGCUCCUACCGCUGUGACUGUCAACCAGGCUACAGAACCACUGGCCUUGGACGCCAAUGUAGAGACGUCAACGAGUGUCUAGAGGGGGAGUACUGCUUCCCCAAGGGAGAGUGUGUGAACACAGAGGGCUCCUACCGCUGUGUGUGUUCCCAGGGUUACACCACCAGCAGCGACGGCAGCUCCUGCCUAGAUGUGGAUGAGUGUGCCAGGUCAGGCCCGGGGGCGUGCCAGGAUGGGCACUGUGUCAACACAGAGGGCUCCUACCAGUGCCAGUGCCAAGUGGGAUUCACCACCAACCCAGAGAAGACAGCCUGUCUGGAUGUAGAUGAGUGCUCAGAGGGAGCAGUGUGUCGGUCACAACGUUGUGAGAACACCAUUGGCUCCUACCGCUGUAUCACCUCCUGUGAGCCGGGCUACCGGGUCACUCGCACCGGAGAGUGCGUCGAUAUCAAUGAGUGUGCCAAUGAGACCGUAUGCGGGGAGCAUGCGUUCUGCCAGAACCUAAUUGGAACAUACCAGUGCAUGUGUGACCAGGGCUACACAGCCACCAGCGAUGGGAAGGGAUGUGUGGAUGAAAACGAGUGUGAGACUAUGCAGGGUGUGUGUGGCGCGGCACGCUGUGAGAAUGUGGAUGGCUCCUUCAUGUGUGAGUGUCCAGGAGAGGGGGAGGAGUUUGAUACGCGCUCAGGACAGUGCCUCAGCACACCCCGACCAGGUCUUCCAGUGUUCCCUGGCGGCUCCUCCUCGUCUUCGUCUUCCUCCACCACCGGCCUCGGUCCCCAGCGUCGGCCCGAUGCGUCCCAGCUGCCCCCUGCUCGGCCUGGCGAGUUGAGGGAGUGUUACUACAACACCGAGGAGCAGAGCUCGUGCAGCGUCCUGGCCCGCAACACCACUCAGCAGGAGUGCUGCUGCACCGUGGGCCAGGGCUGGGGCAUGGGCUGCCAGUAUGACCCCUGUCCUCAGCUAGGCACAGCCGAGCACCAGGCGUUGUGCCCCAGCGGACGAGGAUAUGUGACUGGGCCAGGAGCGUUUAGCUACAAAGAUGUGGAUGAGUGUAAACUGUUCCACCCUGAGGUGUGUAAGAGCGGUGUAUGUGUCAACAACAUCCCUGGCUACUCCUGCUACUGCACCAGUGGCUACUACUACGACAACGUGUUUCUGGAGUGCAUCGAUGUUGAUGAGUGUGAGGCAGGGGAGGACAGCUGUCCAGGGGGAAUCUGCGUCAACACAUUAGGCUCACACUUCUGUACCUGCGUGCCUCCUCUUGUGUUGGACGACACUCAGCGCAGCUGUGUCAAUUCCACUGGCCUCGCCGUGGAUGAGAACCUGUCCUUCUGCUGGCAGUAUGUCACACCAGACCUGGUGUGUCAGAGCCCCCUGCUGGGCGGACAGGUCACCUUCACUGAGUGCUGCUGUCUGUAUGGAGAGGGCUGGGGACUGCAGUGUGCUCUGUGUCCUGCCAGAGACUCAGAGGACUAUGAGGCUCGGUGUAACGUCUUCCUGAGGCCCCCAGAGUUUCCUCCCCCCUUCCCUGACCGCUACGGUCCGGACCCAGGGCCAGGUAGAGGAGGAGGGGGGGGGUAUCGCGUGCCAUAUAGACCGGACUCCUUCCCAGACCCCAUCCCCCGCAGGCCUGAGUACCCCCGGCCUGACUAUGAUGACUACACACCACCAGGGGGCAGCAGGCCUGGCUUCAGAGGCAGAACGCCCAGCACCUUCAGGGUCCCAGAGAGCCCAUACAGACGGCCCUCAGGAUACAUUCCUGAGCGGUACUAUGACGAGGACGACUACGGCCCGCCUGACGCGCCUCCGAGAUCUCCCUUCCGCACCCUCCCAGACCCUCGUUCUGAGCUUGCCUUUGGGGCGAGGCCCCCUCUUCCCAUCCCUGAGGGCCUCCCUCUGAGUCUGGCCCCCCUCCCGGACAGUGACCCCUACAGUGAGGAGGAGGAGGUGCCAGAACCCUGGCAUGUGGAACCCCCGUUCCCUGACAGACGGGGGCCAGGUGGUGGAGGCGGAGGCCCAAGGAGAGUCUAUGAGAGACGAUAUGAGCCGUAUGCAGGCCUGGGCACAGAGGACUGUGGGAUACUGCACGGCUGUGAGAACGGCAGGUGUAUCCGUGUGGCGGAGGGAUACACGUGUGACUGCUACGAGGGAUACGAGCUGGACAUGACCUCCAUGGCCUGCAUAGACAUCAAUGAAUGUGAGGAUCCUGACAACGUGUGUGCGAGCGGCCGAUGCAUCAACACAGACGGCUCCUAUCGCUGUGUGUGUCACCGAGGCUACGUCAUGUCCCGUCGGCCCAACCACUGUGUGGCAGCAUAGCACAGCUACUACUUUGAACAUUGUCUUCCCCCACUCAACAGUCACAUCUGCUACUGGGGAAGUGCCAGGGGCCCACUAAAAUACCUGUCCAAAAAAGCUGAGAGGGUUGUUCUCUGAAGAAACCGUCAACGUACUGACGUAUCGUGUCUGAGAGAGAUUUGAGUCCGUAGAACUCUGAUAUUAAUACAGUUUGAGUCUUAUACAGCACGCACAACUCAUUAUACAUACACAUGAGCUCAACUACACACACACACACUUGAGACUGAUAUUUUAAAGCAGGUAAAUAAGUAUGUCCUUUAGCCAACCUUUCCUUUGAAGUUGAAAUGCAUAGUGGGGAAAAAGAGGUUAAUGUACAUUGUCCAGAAUCCUAACUAUACGAACACGUAUUUAAAGGUAGUAUUCGGCCCAUUGAGGUUGCUCACUUUGAGCUCGAUCACAAUCAACACACCGUGUUCUAUGUCUAGACCUGAGGCAGAUAGGAACCAUUAAAUGGGACCAGUGUAGUCUCCAAGACAAAGAUGACACGCUACUGCUACAGACGAGCAGAGCCUUUGUCUAAGACAGAAUCUCUGUCUGUGGAUGUUUUGUUAACGAACGCUCUCUUCAGCUGGACUGUACAAAAAGCACAGCAACAUCACGACAUCGCUGAACCAAAUUUGUAUUCCUCUAAAAUGUCAGUGACUUGUAUUCUCUCCAUUUGUUGAUUUUACAACCCCACUGAUGUUUUAUGAUUGCUUCUUGUAUUAAUUUAUGCUGUUCAAAGUUAAAUGACUCUUUAUGUAAUAAUAACUUUUAUUAUUUUAUAGAAAUGUAUAUGCGGAAGAGGAAGCUACACAUCACUGACAUGUUUGUACAUUUAUUUCUUUAGACUUUUUUUUUUUUACAUGAGAAUCGAAUGUACCUUAAAACUGAUAUAAGAUAGUUGACUUUGUAUUCACAAUUUGAAAUGUUGUUUGUGUGAUCAAUACAAAAUCAGUGAUAAAAUACCAUGUACAUAUUUACAAUUGAGAAAUAACUUUUUUUACCAAAUGAUAUCUGUUUCAGUGAGUAGAACCAUUUCUGUAAAUGUUCCUUCCUGGUGUAGUUUACAAGCUGAAACAAACCCUAAAGCAUUUCCACCUUUCAGCACCUAAAGAUGUAUAACACUAUGCACUGUAUUCAUGGACGACGUAGCCGUUUUUUGUAUUUGUUUCUGGUUAAUUGUUUUGUCAGUGAUUUUUUUAAAAUCUUUAUUGCUAUGAAAACUAUUUGAAAAUAUAUUUGCACACUUUCCAUUCCAA